AUGGAAUAUCUCUGCAGUGAAAAUGAAGGGAAGCCAGAAGAGGAUGGAAAAGCAGAAGACAAAGUAGAGCCUGAAGGUGAAAGAAAGACAGAAGAGGAAGGGAAGCCUGCCCCUGAGGGGAAGCCAGCACCUGAAAGAAAGCUAGAGGGUAAAGGAGAGGCAGAUGUUGCGGGACAAGGGGAAGAGAGCAAACAGGAAACACAAGGAAAGCAGGAGGGCAGGCCAAAAUCCCAGGCACAGCCAGUCAGCACACUGUGGGCCACUGAAAAGCACCCCAUUGAAGAUUGUGUGUCCUGCAAAGCAAGAAGAAAAACAGGUAGAGGGACUGAGGAUUCCCCCAAGGACCGUCAGAAUUUACAGGACAGAUAUUUGAGCAGCAUGGAGAUGAUGAGACAGCACACAGAUAUGGAAUGGAUUCAGGAAGAGCUAAAGAAAGAUCAAAGGGUAAAUGAUUAUCAGUGGAUGCGAAUACAGCUACAGGAUGCAUACCACCAAGGGGCCCCCAAGGGGCCCUAG